UCUUGGUCCUUCCCCUGCUCUUCACAGAUAGAUAGAGUGAUUUGAUAUAUUCGUUUAAGGUAGUUAGCGUUGGAAUCCAGCAACCUAUGGGGCGACUAAUUCAGUCCGAGAAAGAUCUGCAGUGAAGACAACUGCUUCUCUUGGUCCUUCCCCUGCUCUUCACAGAUAGAGUGAUUUGAUAUAUUCGUUUAAGGUAGUUAGCGUUGGAAUCCAGCAACCUAUGGGGCGACUAAUUCAGUCCGAGAAAGAUCUGCAGUGAAGACAACUGCUUCUCUUGGUCCUUCCCCUGCUCUUCACAGAUAGAGUGAUUUGAUAUAUUCGUUUAAGGUAGUUAGCGUUGGAAUCCAGCAACCUAUGGGGCGACUAAUUCAGUCCGAGAAAGAUCUGCAGUGAAGACAACUGCUUCUCUUGGUCCUUCCCCUGCUCUUCACUUACACUGUCCAAAAGAGAAAAUUCCAAAAAAGGUUUCAACCUUUUUCUGCAACCUCCAAAAGCAGCAUCGUGAAGUUUCCUUUCGAAUUUGCCUCUGCUCGACCUUCAUUCGACCUUUUCACUGCUUCCUUUCGAAUUUGCCUCUGUUCGACCUUCAUUCGACCUUUUCACUGCGUUGUUCGAAGGAGAGGAAAAAAUGAGGGCUCUUUUUGUCGUUGUUCCUCUGUUUUUGGCAUGGAAACUGCUUGAUCGCAUCCUCGGUUUUAAGGAAGAAGAUGGUCAUCACCAUCGUCAAAGGAAUGAACCAGAAGCAACGAACCGUUCACAAUCCUUUGACCAGAUCACCCCUGAAAGUGAGCCAAAUUUGAGGAGGACUGCUGGGGGCUCAUCUCAGUCUUCUCAUGUCACAUCUCCUUUCAAAGCAGUCCCUUCCGGUUCUCCAAAACCAUCCCCUUCUGUAUCAAAGCCAUCAACCGCCACUUCUAGUGACCCAUUUGUUUCCCCGGCCAAACCUGCGGCCAUUCCGGCUUACUCGAAUCAGCAUGUGUCAAAGUCAUCUCGAUCUUUGAAUAAGCCGUCUUUACCUCACUUGGUACAUCCUUCUCUUUCGAAAACAUACCUGCCAACUUCAUCUCCUUUCAAAGCAACCCCUUCGGCUACUAAACCAUCCCCUUCUGUAUCAAAAUCUAGCGAUCCAUUUGUUUCGGGGACCAAACCACCACCAACAUCCACUCACUUGAAUCAGAAUGUAGUAAAACUGCCUCGGCCUUCCGAUGAACCAUCUCCAUCUUAUGUGCAUUCUCCUUCUUCGUCAGGAACAACCUCUCAUACCCCAAAAACACGAGAAAGUUCUGCUAAACAAUUCAAGCCAGUCUUAUGUACAGUUUCCCCAGUUUUGCAGAAUCAGCAGAAGGAGACUGUUUAUGUUCAGAAAGAUACUUCCCCUAUUUACAGCAUCCCCAAGGAUAUUGAAGAUUUGAUAAAGCGAGACAUUGUGCCUGGCGUUCUCCAGAAACCACUAUCUCCAUCAACAUAUAGGGAUUAUUUUGCAGCUCUUCUAUAUGCAGAGGACUUCUAUAUGGAGAAAUGGACUAAUUUCAUUCUGAAGGAUGUCACUUUGGAGCUGGAUCAAUUGACUAUUAACAAGAAUAUAGGGGACAAUGAUUUUUGUGGGGAGAAAGUCCGUGUAACUUUUGUCAAAUUCAAGAUGGAAUCCAUACCAGAGCAUCGACCCUUCCUUCUAUCAAGGGAUUUUGUUUUUGCAAAGCCCCUGGACAAGAGCGAUACACAGUUUCAGGGUUUUGUAUAUCGAGUGAAGAAGAGUUCCAUCGUUUUAGCAAAGUUUGGAGAUGAAUUUCACUCCCAGCAUCAUUCAAGCAGCAGAUACAACAUCAGCUUUUCUUUCAAUAGAGUUUGCUUGAAGAGAGCUCAUCAAGCAGUUGAAGCUGCCACCGAUCCUUCAUUCCACAACUUCCUUUUCCCUGAAUGUCCAGUCAGACGUGAUUCGUUUGCCUUGCCAUCUUUCUAUUUUUCAAAUGGCGUGCACUUGGAGCAAAGAUCCGCAAUCCGUCAGAUUCUAGCUCUCAAAGGUUCAGCACCAUUUCUCAUGGAGGGUCCUCUUUGUACCUGGGAUCAAGGCCUAUCAAGGGCUGGCGUAGUGGUUAGGGAAGCUGUGUGGCAAGUAUACCAACGCUCUAAAGAUUCUCGGAUUCUUGUGGCUGCGCCUAUAAAUAAAACGUGCGAUGCUCUGAUGAGAAGCUUGAAGGACAAAAUCCCAGAUUCCGAAAUAUUUCGAGCGAAUGCUGCUUUCCGUAAGAUAGGUGUCGUGCCUGAUGACAUUCUCCCUUCAUGUCUUUAUAAAGAGGAAAGCGAGUGUUUCGCUUGCCCUCAACUCCAGGAACUCCAACAAUUCAAGGUAAUAUUCUCGACUUUUGUGAGUAGCUCCAGGCUACACAAUGAAGGCAUCAACGCAGGACACUUCAGUCAUAUUUUCCUCAUCGAUGCGUCGUCCACUUCUGAGCCAGAGGCGAUGAUUGUGCUAGCUAAUUUGGCCAAUGAGGAUACGACUGUUGUAGUGACUGGUGCGCAAGGAAAGCGCUCAGGGUGGGUGCGAUCCCCAAUUGCUCAGAGGAACGGUCUCCAGAUAUCAUUCUUCGAGAGGCUCAAAGAAUUUACACCGUACAAGAACCUCGACCCUGCAUUCAUCGCCCGAUUGGACCCUAAGCUGGAAUCAGAUGAAACUAACAGCUAUUGAGUAUCAGUUGCUCUUGGAUACGAGCUCUGGUUACUUAAGAAUGCUCUUGAUGUGCUUUGUUUCCUCAUUUCCAUGUUUGAGCUGAGUUGCAUGAGAAAGGGAUACAAAUUACGUAGGUAUCGGUAUGUAUACAAUUUGCCCCUAAUAAAUCAAGCAGUUGGUUUUGGAUAUAUUCCCAAACGAGUGGUUCUAUAUUUUUUGAA